CAACAUACUAGUUAUAAAUAAGUAAGAUUUUCAAUGAAAAUAGGUGUUUCCGGAAGCGCUGUUCCAUCAAUCUAGUCCCAAGUGAUACACCCAUUUCCACGUCAGAGUGCUUACAUUCCAGCUUCAUUCUCUUGUUUCCUAUGUAAAACACCGGUGUGUGGCGAAUAAUUAGAAGUCAAACAUGGCUGUAUCAACCACGGUGUCGCUGUUGCUAGCGUCUGUAUCGGCGGUGCUAAUCUUUUCCGGCAUGCAGAUGUACCGGCCCCUGUUGGCCUCCUCUCAGUUAACAACUAUCUUCGGUGGAUACCUUGGAUCGUGGUUGUUUAUUCUAUCUCUAACCGCGGUUUCGAAUCUGGAGGCGAUCGUACUUGGUAGCGGAUUCCAAGCCAAGUUCUUCCCGGAGGUGUCGUUCUGUAUGCUUGCUGCCCUGUUCGCAUGUGGAAUGGUGCAUCGUGUGUGUGUUACUUCGUGUAUUCUUUUCUCAGUCGUUGCUCUCUAUUACGUUAACAAAAUUUCCCACAAAGUGCACAACGUGACGGUGCAGGUGGAUAGCUAUGCGGGCAAGAAGAAGAAAAAAUAGAGCAGCGCGCAUCGAGCGUACGGGUGGAAAGUAGCUUUUAAAGGUUCAUCACUUUAGCGUAAGAAGUAUGCUUAAUAUGCUCUCCGGACAGUCAGCAAUAACUGCACGUGUAACACGCAAAUAA